AUGGGGACCGAGAGGGCCUCGAUAGUCCCCCGGGACAUGGAGAUUCCAAAAAAGGAGAUACAGCUGCGGGUGACCCCGUCGGAGCUAAAAUUCAUGGACACGCUGGCUGGGAAGGUGUAUCGCCUCCCACUUACAGUACACAACCUCGGCCGCAGCAACCAGAAGAUCAGGUUUCAGGAACCGGUCAAGCCACAGUUCAAACUGAUUUUGACCAAUCUGGAUAAAGAGCUUGCUUCUGGCCUUCAGAUGACAGCUAUGGUGGAAUAUCAUCCUGAUAAAGAUGAAGACACUUUUGAUCAACUGUUUAUUUCAAUAGGAAAUAAAACAAUAGAGAUCCCUCUAAUGGGGUUGAUUCCAUCCUGUCAAUUGCAAAUUGAGCCAGAAGUUGAUUUUGGAACAUUGGUUGGCAAUAGUAAAGUGUAUUGUAAAGAGAUUGCUAUCACUAACCAUGGAAAAGCUCCAGGUUGGUUUAAGACAGAGUAUCAGGGUCCAUUACCCAUUAUCAUUUUUCCAAAAAAUGGUACAGUGGAGUCUAAAUCAUCAGUGGUUCUUAAAGUGGAUUUCUGUGCAAAUCAGCCUAGAACUGUACAUGAAUUUGCAAGAGUGAGUUUGCAAGGUCGUCCAGACAUAUUCUUAAAUAUCAAAGCACUCGUGGUUGAUCCAGUUAUUGAACUGUUAAGCAUGACUAAUGAGCGAAGGCUGGACUGUAUACGUUUUGGUUCUGUUUUCUUCGGAACGUCAAAAAUUGAACAGAUACUUCUUUACAAUAAUAGCCCAGAACCCAUAAAUUGGGUGGCCAUAAUGCAGGAUGAUUCAGUUGGAGAAGAACUGGGUACAAAUAUUCGACAAAGAACAGAUGUUGUUUUAAAUAAUCUCACCUGCUUACGCAAAGUAAAGGAAAUAGAUGUAACCACUUUUAUCUCUUGUAUUCCUAAUGAAGGGCGUUUGCUACCUUAUGAAAAGACUGUAAUUACAUUUUGUUUUAGCCCAAAGCUAAUAGUUGAUGCUAAAAAGAAUUUUGAUCCUUCACAUAGGCAGGAUUAUGUUGUCUUCUUGAGAUUUGAGUCUGUAGGAAGUAAAGAAGGAUUUUUAAGAGAUGAUAAUGAAAGCAUCAAAAGUGAUCGAUAUCGGAAAGUGGAAUUAGCACUAACUGGAACAGGACUUCCUGUCCUAUUACACUUUGAUCCAGGACAGGUCCUUAAUUUUGCACCUUGUUUCAUGGGUGAAUGUUCAGAAAUUACAUGUAUUAUGCAAAAUCAAUCCAAGUCACUUCCUGUGAUAUACCACUUUAAAAAAACUGCGCAUUUUAAAAUUGAUCCUCAAAACGGCAAGCUUGAUGAAGGAUGUAUCCAGAAUGUGACAUGUUCAUUCAUUCCACAUCAAGUUGGGGUCUUCAGUGUGAAGCAGUCAAUACAAAUUAUUGGCUCAGUAGCAGAUGAAAAUUUACAGUCUACAUCAAUGAAACCUUUUCUUCAAAUACAUUUAGAUUUCAACAGUGUCUGUAAACCUUCCAGCAAAAAUGUUGUGAUGGAAAUUAAUCCUGGUAUAUCUCCUUUGGUCAGUAAUCCGACGGGACAGUUUGUGGUCAAAGAUGCAGCAAAAUGCAGAGACUACACACAUGUCGCAAUGCUUCAGUCAAAACUGACAAACAUUCAUGAUCAUCGUCCAGGUAAACAGUCAGUGAAGGAUGCUCUGGUAGCCUUCCCUAAUGACCGAACUGCAAGUAUCAGGUCUGGAGACCAACGUAAGCAUUUCAGGACAAUUUUCACAAAGAUUCCAAGAUAUAACUACGUGGAUAUUGACUAUACAUAUACUGAAGCUGAAAAAAUAAAAAAGAGAGAACAUGAGAACUAUUAUGCAAACUACAUUAAAUAUUUAAGAGAUGUGCGCCUAGAGAAAGAAUCGGAUAGGUUAUACAGAAGUUCAUAUAGUGAUACAGAGGAAGGAUUACAGCAAGCAUCGGGCCUAAAGUCACCUGUACUCUCAGAAGCAGAAAUAGAAGAGGAGGUCUCUACCUCAGAGUCUCAGGUCAAACCUCAUCAAUUGCUGAGUACCAGGACUAUAUCUUCCAAAGAGACAAAGUGUCUGAAAAGAAAGGUUCUCAAUGGACUUAAAUCAUACCCCUCUACCCCUCAUGAAAAAUAUGAUUGCAGCUUACUUUUGACACCAAAGCAAAUUCAUCAAGUAGUAGUUGGGCCGACUGUUCUUAACUUUGGUGAUGUUUGUGUGAACUCCACAAAUACUCGUCUACUGCAUGUUAUUAAUAUGCUACCCAUGCAUAUUUUCAUCCAGUUAGAUGUUAAUUUGGAUGAACUUCGGAAAACUAAUCAAUUUUCCUAUGUGAUUCCACCUACAUCUAGCACUCAUAUUUCAGUGUUAUUUGAAUCUCCCACUGUUGGAAAAUUUUGGAAGUCUUUCACUUUUACAGUAAACAAUAUCCCCGGUGGACACAUCCUUGUGAUGGCUGUUAUCCACCCCGUAAGACUGGAGCUGUCUUCCAGUGAGCUAGUACUGAAACCACAUGGCUUCUUGGUGAAAAAAUGUUUUCGGGGUACAGUUAGGUUGUUUAAUCAUCAGAAUUAUUUUGCACACUUUGAAUGGCAGCCUGUAAACACAGCAAGAGGGAUGGCAUUUUCCAUUUGUCCAGUUAAAGGUGCUGUGGACCCAUACUCCUCACUGGAAUGUGAAGUAACAUGGCAACCAAGUUUCAGUUCUCCAGAGAGAGGAGAAUUUAUUCUUCAUGUUGCUGAAGGCAAUAUGAUGAGACUAAAAUGUGUUGCACAUGUUGGUCACACCAAAGUCACAUUUUUGGAGCCAAGGAUACUUUUCAAUAAUAUUCCUCAAGGUUUAACAAGUUGGAGGAAAGCUGUUCUUCAUAAUGUAGGACAAAACCAUGCUUAUUUCAAGGUUUGUGAUCAGAGUCUUCUGCCUACUAUUAAUAUUGUUCCAUCAGAAGGAAUUAUUCCAUGGGGGGGAUUAACUGUUCUUAAUAUUUCCUGUACACCCACCGUGGCAGAAAAAUUCGAUACAAGAGCAAAGAUUGCUGUUCGCCGUGGAAAUGUCGUUGACCUUAGGAUUGGUGGAUCUGUUGAGAUUGCUGAUGUUACAAUCAAACCGGAUGUCUUUAACUUCACGGGUACCUAUGUAGGCACCACCGAGGUUAUCCCGUUUUUAGUAAAAAACAAAGGUAUAACUCGUGCCAGAGUGGAAUUUAAUCUAGAAGAAUUUCCAUGUUUUUCAAUGGAUUUUAAAGACAAAUCAGUGCAAUACUCAGACCCUGAAUUUCCUGACAUAUAUUUUUUUGAGUUAGAGGAAAAUGCAUCUAUGGAAUGUGGCAUAGCAUUUUCUCCUGAAGAAGUGGCAACAUACCAAUUUACUUUUCAAGUGCAAAUUAAUUUCUUCAAGGCUUCAGAACUUUACACUGAAUGUUGUUUGUCAAAUACUCCUUUGACUCCAAAGACAACACCACUUAUUCGUCCAUGUGAUGUUAAAGCUACUGUAUUACAAGCACCACUGAAAUUAUCCUGCACUGAAUUUAUAUUUGAAAUGCCAUUACAUUGUAUGGAUCCUAAAAACAAGGUGCCCAUCACUCAGAAUCUUGUCAUACAUAAUAUUUCAAAAAAAAAUGUGGACUGGAUUUUGGAAAUUAACAAUUACGAUAAAGUUUUCCAAGGUGGCACAUUUGAACUUAGCCUACUGCGUGGGACUCUGGGACCACAUGAAGAGUGUACUGUUUCCAUAAAUUUCUGUCCAAAUCAUCCGAAAAAAUACACAGUUGAUAUCCCUAUGUAUUUGAAUGAUAAUCCACUUUGCUAUCGAAUGUUACAUCUGACUGGAGAGGUAAAAUCACCCAAGUUAUCAUUUGAGCCUCAAUUCAUACUUUUCACUCCUGUUCCUUUGGGAGUGGCAACUGUGAUGGAUAUCAACAUCUUACCUCAAAACUAUUUCAGAAAUUCAACUUUACGUGUCCGGAUUCCCACAGCAAAACUUUUGGAUGGUGAAGUGACCCACCCUCUUGCUGUGACAUUUCCGGGUGGCAUGAAGAUCACAGGCUCUCCCAAUGGAAAAAACACUGCAGUCACUUGCCACCUUGUCUUCAAAUCAUGUAAACCUGUGUCGUUUUUCACCAACAUUCUUUUCUGUGAUAACAUGGAUAACUGGUUUUCACUUCCAGUGACUGCAACAGCAGAAAACUGUAUUCUUACUAUUUACCCAUAUAUGGCAAUAUAUCUUGAUAAGCAAAAAGUUGUUUUGAAAAACGGAAUGGAAAUAUUAUAUGAAAGGUUGAAAUCAGGCAGAAGUGGAAAGGCGAAGAGAGACGGCAGAGCUAUGAAAAAGGAGGAGAAAAACAAGCAAUUCAUUUCACUUGAAGAAGGAUCAAAGACCUAUAACUUCUUUGAGAAGGUUGUAAGUGCAGUUCAGACCUGGUUCAGUCUCUUCGGCUGGCCUGAUGGACCUCAUUCUCUCACUGUUCCAGAGACUGUAAGAAGAGAUGUGUAUAAAAUACAAUUCUGCUCGACCCCAUCAUCCAAAAAAUGUUCCAGAGAGAAUGACUUUACUAAAUAUAAUAAAACCAUUUAUGAUGUAAUCCUUCACUUGAGUGGAAAAAUGCUACCUGGAAUUAAUUCAAGUCAGUCUUUACCUGUGGACUACACUGAAAGAGUGAUUCAACUUCAUUUUCAGCAUUCUUCACUUCUUGAGUUUCUCAAUGCUCAAGGAGCAUGUAUUUCUCAUGUACUGCCAGAAUUUCUGCUUGAACCAGAAGAUUAUAAGAAGUGGAUUGAAAUUAAAUCUUCCAGGAAGGCCUCACACGGGAGUUCUAAUGUACCUCUGAAAAAUCAUUCUGUUGUCCUAGAUAUGACUAAGUUUGAAGACUGGAGCAAACGGGCAUGGACAGAUGUUUUCCUUCAGCUAUACAAGGUUCUGGUACUAUCUCGAGUUACACCACAUUCCAGCAGUAAUCUGCCUCCCACGUACGUCCAAAAGUCACCAAAAGUCAAUCCUGCUUUUUUAUCCAGCAACAUUUAUUCUAAUUCUGAGAGGAUUAUACUUAGUUGGAUGAACACAAAUUAUGAGAAUGCCCGACAUAGUAUAUGGAAAAACAGUCCAAACGGAAUUAUUCCCUCUGAAAGAUGGAUAGUAAAUUUCGACCAAGACCUAGCUGAUGGCCUUGUUUUUGCCGCACAAGUGGGAGCCUACUGCCCAUUUUUGAUUGAUUCUCAUUUUUUAAAUAUGUACACACAACCAAAAAGAUCUGAACAUUAUCUGCACAAUUGCCUGAUUAUUGUGAAUGUUCUUCGUGAAAUUGGUUUUGAUAUGGACAUACAGGCCACUGACAUUUGUGAUCCUAAUCCCAUCCUGAUGCUCAUGCUUUGUGUUUACAUGUAUGAAAGGUUGCCUACAUAUCUUGCCAAGAAGGUUGUGCCCUUCCACUGUACAUUACAUGACACUGUGCUGAGACAGAUUCUCCUGAAAAAUCCAAGCUUGAAAAAUUUAGUGUAUAAUGCUACAAUUGUUGGAAGAGAUGCAGCUGACUUCUCCCUCUCACAAACAGGGAAUAUUGUGACAAUUUCUCCAAAAAACCAAAUUACCAUCACUCUAAAAUUCACAAGUCGCUUCCUCCGUCCUGCUGAAGCUACACUGCUGUUAAUCUCAAAGUCUAAGCAUGCCGUAGGAGGCUCCACAAUGACUUUUGCUCUUAAAGGCGAAGUCCUCAAUUUCAAAGCCUUUGAAAUUAUAAAAUGCAAAAGCCCUUGUUAUACAUGGAAAGAAAUCACUGUGAAUAUUAAAAACCCCUUCCACGUCACUGGGGACUUCAGUGUCAUUUUGGUGGAAUCUUCAACAUUUAUCUCUUUGCCGUCCCAGCUGACUGGACCUGAACAAGUCAUGGACCACAUGACCCAUAGCCCUUUUGAGAGGAUAAGUAAGCAGGCUCUGCUUCCUAUUUUGGCAGCAAUUAAGUCUGAUUUCAUCAGAGAGUUCUUUUGCUCCAGAAGCAUUCUUAACCUGGGAAUGAAAGGAUCAAGCCUAGAACUCUUCUUCCUCCCUUUUGGUAUCCAUGUACGCUACUGUGUCAUCAUCCUCAGCAACAAACAGAUUGGAGAAUUAAUAUAUAUUCUGGAAGGAAGUGGAACUAUCCCCUUACCUUCCAGCUUCCUGACAAUGGAUUCUUUGACUCCAAUUGAUUACCACAGUUCUCCGGAAGAAGGGUUAAAUAAGGCCGAUCCAGUUCUGUAUUUGCAGUGUGAACUCCGUCAAGUCCUGGAUGUGGAGCUUAGAUUGCCACUGACUAAUGAAGCCAAAGAAAAGGCUUUAGCUUUUGCAGCACAGCGACAGAUGUCAAAGAUAGAGUAUGAGCGAAGGUUAAUCACAGGCACCCUGGAGAGCAGUAGUGUCCGCGUGGCUAUCGCCCUCCUGGGACUGACCAAGAUUGAGUCAUGUAUGCUCUUUAAUAUCUCAAAGUUGAAGAAGCCAAAGUCUGUUUUAUAUACAGUAGAACUGAGCCUUCCAGAACACUUUGAUUUUCCCAAGAAGAUAUAUAUUCCUCAGUUUCCAGAAAUUAAAAAUAAAUUGAACCAACCUCAAGGAAUUACACCCAAAAAUAUAACAGUUGCAGACGACUCUAUUGCAGUUCCUUUGAGAUUUGUUCCUCUCAGUCCUGGGCGCUAUCCGUGUCAAAUUUUGUUGACAUCAAGGUAUGAUGUACGUGUCUAUCACAUUGAAGGUGUGGUGAAUGAAGAACAUCCAGAGGCCACGUUUACAUUUGAAACACCAGCAUUUCAAGCUCUUACUCAGAAUAUUACAAUAAAAAAUCAUACAAAGAAUGAAUGGAAAUGUCAAGCUACUAUAGAAGGAGAAUGGUUUUAUGGACCUCCUAUAUUGUAUGCCAGACCAGGUGAAAUUGUGCAAUAUCCUCUCACGUUCAAACCUAUUUUGGAAUGUGAGAUUAUGGGCAAGCUUUCUCUACAAAAUGAAGCAGAUGGUAUGAAACAUACAUUUGAAGUAAAGGGGAUUGGAAAGAAACCUCUGGCUUUGGAACACAUCACAGUGAAUUGUGAAGUGGGAACCGUAACAAAUAAACCCAUAAUGGUGCCCAAUUACACAAAGACAAUUCUAACUUACAAGGUAUCUUCAGAUCUUCCAAUAGUAUGGGGAAAUCCACACAUCACCAUAGAACCUGAUAAUGCGAUUCCAUAUAUUCUACAUAUAAGCCCUUGGAAACGUGGUGUAGUUACAGGUACAAUUUCAUUUUCUGUUAAAAGCAAACAAGAUGAUGAUUCUCAGGAAGAUUCAGAUCAAGGUAUAUAUCAAGAUUUCAGCCUUCAGGGGUCAGGAUCAGAGCUAUUCCACAGUUUUGAUGAGGAUUACUCAGUUGAGGCUGUUAGCAAUUUAAGAGUCUGGUAUUAUCUUGAGAUCCAUAGCUCUCCCGGACCACCUGUAACUGUUAUAGAAAUGAGAUGCAAGGCUCUGGGUAGCACUUCCAUUAAAAUACCUCUCUCUAAUCCCAGAGAUAAAAGUAUUCACAUAAUUGUGCAGUUUUCAAGUGCUGCCCUCAGUGGGCUCAGGGAACUUGUACUGUAUCCACAAGAACAUCUCACUUAUGAUUUACAGUAUUCUCCAGCGGCUACCGGCUGUAAAGAUGAAAGUGUUAUUUUUCAGCCUGAUAUGUGUGUAGAGUUCUGGUAUUUAUUGAGAUUAACUACUGAAUUACCAAGACCAACUAUAAUGCCAGAAGUACAAUGUGACCUUGGAAAAUAUGCCACUGAGAUCAUUUCUCUAGUCAAUCCAACACAUGAAACCUUACAACUGGAAGGAAUGAGCAGUAACCCAGACAAUUUUGUCUUGCACAUUAACAAACCAGUAAGUAUAUUCAGAACUCCUUACUCUACAAAAAAUGUACCUGUUUACUUUUUUCCUUCUGCACUUGGAAGGACUGGUCAUCAAGGUUGUAUCAUCUUCUACUGUAGCCAGUUUAAGGAAUGGCGAUUCUGCCUCUGUGGAGUAGGACUAUACCCCAUGCCUCUGGAUGUAGAAAGAAUAACCACGUUUCUUCAUCUUCACACAUCUGUUCUUAUACCUUUCCGAAAUCCCACUACAGAAGAUGUUUUAGUCGAUAUCAUACUAACAAGUCGGGAAAGACCCAGUCAUAUCACCAUUGACCAUUUCUGGGACAGCUUCUGCCAUGAGACAAAUGCCUUCAAGUUUAGUGCUAUUAGCCACACUAAAGGCAUUGCAUUGCCUCCUAAGGGGAAUGUAGAUAUCCCAGUGUUAUUUGUCCCCCACAUUAUGAAGUUACACAAAACAAUGGUAUUGAUUGAAAUGGUGAAGGCAAAUGGAGAAUACUGGCCCAUUGAUAAUUUUGAUGAGUUGAGCACGGAGAUGAAAAGAAUAUUGGGCGUGGGCAGUGCAGAAAUCCGAGCAAUAUACUGGAUGUUUCCCUUUCUUGGACUUCCACAGGCACCACAUAUUAAAUCUCCCCACGUUGUCAUAACUUGUCAAGCCAAGAAGCGGAUAGAAGAGAACGUGGUAGUCACAUUAACUGGUGAUUUUGGGGGAUACAGUCCCAUAUUCGAACCGAAAGAUUUUUCAGUGAUUCCAAAAAGAAGUUCAGAUGAUCUUUAUAAUGAUCUUAUUGAUCAUCCAAUAAAACGUGAAUUUGAAUAUGAGGUUCAAUUUGAAUCUGAAGAAAUGAAGUCUAAAAUGGAAUCUUGUGUGACUUUAUAUUUUAUGCAAAAAUCUUACUGUAUUGAAACUAGAAAGAUAACAUUGGUCUUCAGUUUGAUAUUUUCACCAAGGAAACCAUUAAGGACUCAAAUUACAUUGAAAUUAGAAUGCAUAACAGAUGGGAUCUGGAUGUUUCCCAUAAUGUUGGUUGCUACUGAGCCUGAUGUGGAUGAUGUCAUCGAUAUUGAAGGGGUUGGUUUAUUUAAGGAAUCUAUUAUUGACUUCAGGAUGACAAGUCAGACAAGAGAAACUGAGCCAUUCACUGCAUACUUCCUACCUGGCAGUGAUCCUGAGUUUUUUGUAAAACCUCGAGCUGGAGAACUUCUUCCUUAUGAGUCAGAUGGAACUCUCAUCACGGUGGGUUUUAAACCCCGAAUGUACAGUAAAAAAUACAAAGCAACAUUAGCAAUACAGACUGAAGAUAUGUACUGGUUGUAUGAAAUCAAUGGGCUACCUCAAGUUACCACGCCACCAGUAAAUGUAAAAGCCAAAGUCAAUACUACGAACAAGAUGAUGUCAGAUGGCAAGCCAGUUCGCCGCAAUUUUGUUCGUGAAAAUACUAAAGUCAUCAGGACAGGGGUGUCCUCUACCAUCAAAGGUGCUCCUUUGAUGUUGAAAAAUAAAUAA